CAUUACACUGGCAUAAAUUCGUUCACAUUCACAUCAGCGCACUACUGCGGGCGCCGCACCAUCUGACGUAGCUGAGUGAACGACCCAUUCCAGUACAAAAACUCCAGUGCCACGUUUUAAAGCUUCAUCUAAUAUAUCGCAACGCAGAAUGAAGUAGUGGGAACAGAAAAACUAUGGCUGCCAGUCUCUCCCUGACUCAGCUCUCAAGUGGAAAUCCUCUCUAUGACAAAUACUAUCAACAGGUCGACCCGUCUGGUAGUGGACGGGUGGCAGCUGCUGAUGCAGCCUUGUUCCUGAAGAGAUCAGGCCUGGCAGACCUCGUCCUGGGCAAGAUCUGGGAUUUGGCAGAUUCAGAACGCAAGGGGUGCCUUAACAAGCAGCAAUUCUUCAUUGCUCUCCGGUUGGUGGCCUGUGCUCAAAAUGGACUGGAGGUGACACUCAAGAGUCUCAAUUUGGCAGUUCCUCCCCCAAAGUUUCAUGACACAAGCAGCCCACUUCUACCUGGGGGAGUGUCCAUUGACGGCCCAUGGGUGGUCAAGACGGAAGAGAAGCUGAAAUUUGAUGCCAUAUUCGACAGCCUCUCCCCCGUUGGUGGAAUGCUCUCUGGGGAGAAGGUCAAACCAGUGUUGCUCAACUCCAAACUUCCAGUGGACGUACUGGGAAGGGUAUGGGAACUGAGUGACCUAGACAGAGAUGGUAUGCUCGACCGAGAUGAGUUUGCUGUGGUCAUGUACCUGGUCUACAGAGCUCUGGAGGGGGAGCCCGUGCCCAUGUCUCUGCCUGCUACCCUUGUGCCACCCUCCAAGAGGAAAAAGCCCCCGGUCUCUGUACCCCCUGUGAUGCCCCUUUUACCCUCGCCUCCCUCUAUCAAAGAGAGACGCUCCUCCCAUUCCGGGUCCAAAACCCUGCCCUCCAAACCAGCAGCGACCCCAGUCACAUGGGCUGUAUCUCCUCCAGACAUAGCCAAGUAUGACGAGGUUUUUGCAAAGACCGAUCUUGACAUGGAUGGUCUGGUGUCUGGGCCUGAAGUCCGAGAUAUCUUCUUAAAGACUGGCUUGCCCUCCGCCACACUAGCACGCAUCUGGGAGCUCUGUGACAUUGGGGACAUAGGGAAGCUUACCAGGGAACAGUUUGCACUAGCGCUGCAUCUAAUUAACCAGAAACUGACCACGGGUGUGAACCCACCCCAGAACCUCUCUCCUGAAAUGAUCCCUCCCUCAGACAGACUGAGCCUAGCAGCCAAGCAGAGCAACGCAGCAAAUCUGGCAGCAGACUUUUCUGCCAUCAAGGAACUGGACUCGCUCAGCAAUGAGAUUGUCGAUCUACAAAAGGAGAAGAGCUCUGUAGAACAGGACAUUAAAGAGAACGAGGAGAGCAUCAGAGAAAGGACCAGUGAAGUCCAGGACCUGCAGAAUGAGGUGCAGAAGGAGAGCGGGGUGCUGCACCGGCUGCAGUCUCAGCGCCAGGAGGUCCAGGAUGCUCUGGAGGAGCUGGACCAGCAGAAGACCACUCUGGAGGAGCAGCUUGGUCACAUCCGCCAGCAGUGCAGCCAUGAGAACCAGCGGAUCUCGUCACUAGAGGCGGAGCACGCGGAGCAGGAGCAGAGGAUCGAGGAGUACGAGGAGCAGCUGGUGCAGGCCAGAGAGGAGCUGCUGCGGCUGCAGGAGGAGACCCAGCAGUUGGAGGAGAAGGUGCAGGCAGCGCGGGAGCAGCUCACCCCCCUGCGGGAGUCUGUCCGAGACUCCUUCUCUCAGGUCUCUCAGGUGCAGCAAAAGCUGAGUGAUCUACAGUUGGAGGAGAGGACGGUCACGGCCCAGCUCAGCUGGAAGAUGGCCCUAGAGGAGGAUCCAGUGCCAGUCCUGGUGAACGGCUCAGCGAAUGAGCCGCACCCAGAGGACCAGGCUGAGGAGCUGAGAGUGGAGCCUCCAGCCAUCCAGCCACAGAUGGAGCCGGCUGAACCGAUAGAAGAAGUGGAGGAGGACAGGCCUAAGGCCCCAGAGGAACCGGUGCCUAAGUCUGAUGCCUUCAAAGACCUCUAUAACAGCCUGUCUUCCACUGCCUGGCCAGUACCACGGGACAACCUUGUGAAGGAGCACAUUAGUCCUGUUGCUUUCACUCUUCAGGAGCAGAGAAGUCCUACUUCUGAAGUUGUAGAAGAACAGGAAGAGGAGUCGUUUAAAGCUAGCACUCCCAAGCAGGUGGAAUCCCCAGAGCCAGAGAGGAGACCAGAGUCAACUGAGCCUCCCCAGGCAACCCCGCCUGCCCUGCCUCCACAGACCACUCCCCCUCCACUCCCUGCCCAGCCUACCUUAUCCCCAACGACCAGCCCCCCUCCGCUCCCUGGCAUGGACUUCUUCCAGUCAGACCCCUUCACUGACCAUGAUCCAUUUAAAGAUGAUCCGUUUGGAAAGGCAGAUGUUUCCUAUCCGUUUGGAGGAGACCCGUUUAAGGGCACAGACCCCUUUGCUGCUGACUCCUUCUUCAAGCAGUCUUUGGCCGCCCCCUUCCCCUCUGCUGACCCCUUCACCCUCACUGACCCCUUCAGUGAAAGUGCCAGCCUAGCAGAUCCCGAUCUGUUUGCAGCUCCGCUCAACAACGCUGCAGGACUGGACCCCUUCAGCUCCAAACCCAAUAACAAGGCAGCCAGGGACCCCUUCAGUGCCAAGGUCAACAACGUGGAUGCGGAUCAGUUUGGAUCCAAAAUGGACUCCCUGGCAGAGCCAGACCCGUUUGGCUCCCAGGGCACUGCAGGCCCGGAUCCCUUCAGCUGCUCCCAGCCAGGCUCUGAGCUCCCCGCGAAGGAUCUCACUGCAGCACCUAAUGACCCUUUUGCACCUGGAGGCACUGCAGUAAAGACUGGCUCUGACCCAGAUCCAUUUGCUGCCGUCUUCGGCAACGAGUCAUUUGGACAGGGAUUUGCAGACUUCAGCGCCCUGGCCAAGUCUAACAGUUCUGACCCCUUCGCCUCAUCCAACUCGUCCAACAACAGCCAGCCCAGCAGCCCUGAUGUUCCCCCAGCUUUGCCCCCCAAGACGGGAACGCCCACCAGACCUCCCCCUCCACCCCCAGGUAAGAGAUCCUCAAUCUCCAGAUCAGAGUCGUCGGACUCGUUCCACAGAAGGGGACCCUUUCUUCCCCAGGGCUCAGGAGAUCCCCCUUUCUCCCAACCUGCCAAGGACGCUGCCCAGGACCCCUUCGCCCCAUCCUCACCCCGCCAGCCCGCACAGGACCCUGACCGAUUUGCCAGCUUUGACAAACAGUACCCUACCGAGGAGGACAUGAUUGAGUGGGCGAAGAGGGAGAGUGAGCGGGAGGAGAAGGCGCGCCUGGCCAGACAGGCACAACAGGAACAAGAGGAUCUGGAGCUGGCCAUUGCCCUGAGCAAGUCUGAGUUCUCCUGAAAGUCUCCGGUCACCCCUUGUGAUCCAGCACUCACCAAAGGAGGGAGGGGUGGGAAAACUGAACUAAAGGGCCUACUAUUCUGACCCAAUGAAGAGAUUUUGAGUAUUGGCUCCACCCACCCACCCCACACAUUUUCACCAACCCUCUUUGUUUCACUCAUCAUUGGCAAUUUCAGUUUGUCUAUGUAACAACAAAUCCUCAUGUUAUUUUUGGUGUUUGGCUGAGUAGUGGGUAUAGAGCUGUGAUUGUCUGUUAGACUUCAAAAAGCCCUCCUGGUACAAUAAGUAGACAUGGAGAUUGUGUAGUGUGUGUGUGUGUGUGUGUGUAUAUAUAUAGCUGUAAUGUCCCUUCAUUUCAACUACACAGACCACAUUGCUAGUAACAAACUGCAAAAGUUCUGCCCCCGUCUGCAUUGCUCUUGCCUGCUCCAACCCAGACCAGAUAGUAUUGAGCACUUUAAAAAAUAUAUAAACUUUAUAUGAUUAACUCUAACAAGAUACGAAAAGAGUAAUGUUCAUCUGGGUGUAAACCAAUGUCAAAUUGUAAUCCAUAUGUGAUCAUUAAGGGUUGCCUGGGGCAAGUGACCUGACCAGUCGUGCAAGUUGACUCUGCUCUGUGGUUGCCCCAUUGAUUCCUUUCAGACCUUAAUGUCAUUCAUCUGGCUAUACACCAGACAUCUACAGUAUGUGGUGAAUUGGAUUUCAUGUCUGAGCUGACUUGAGGUCUUUCUAGUGCUUGUGUAAAAAAACAAUGUUCUUAGAUGACCUGACGUAUGUCCUUACGUCAGGUUCUACCAAAUUAAGUAGCCAUUUUAUGAAUAGAGUAGAAGUCAAAUGAUCCAGAGGGUUAAAAGAGCAAAGAGGACAUCCCUCUUCAGAUAAACACUAAUGUGUGAAUGAAUCCAUGCAUUUGGCAAUUGUGGUGCUCCGUCUACUUCGACUACAGUUAACAUGAUUGAAUUUGUGCAUAUAGUUUUAAUGACACUACUUACUAUCGGUUGUUCACCUUUUUGCUCAACUCUCUUUAAAGUGCCCUUUUAUUAAUAUUUAUGUGCUAAACACCAGGCAGUGAACAGGACUCACAUGCUCAUUAUCUAGAGGGAAAGUAACAAAGAUCUUGUAAAAACGGUAUAACAUCUCCCAGGUCUGACCGUUAACCUCUGUGUCAUCCUCCUAAUACUCUCCAUUUAGUCUUAAAGGGGCAAUCUGCAGUUGCUAUAUCCAUUUUUACGACAAUGUUUGUAAGCAAAGUAAAUGUACACAAACACUGUAUAGCCUCAAAACAUGGUUAAAACUAUAAUUUUGAUAUAAUGGAUGGUCAGUUGCAUCCAUAGCUCCAUCUAUGAAUGUAAGUGGCUACAUUUCUCCUGCCCCAUCCCUUAGCUUUUUAUCAAAACAGUGGCAGGGACCUGCUUUGUUUCAACUGCGGCUGGCCCCUUUAAAUGGGUAUAGCAGUGCUGAGGGUUGUACAGGUGCUAAAAAGAACUAAACCAGUAAAACCACUUAUGUCCAGACCUCUGCACGUAGGCCGCUUUUAAUGAUCUUGAAAUAUAAUCUACCCCACCCAACACUACCCACCAAUACAGUCAAAAGACGUAGUAAUGUUGUGUGAACAAAUAUGAGAUGUCAAGAUUUUGGAAAGUAGGUUGGUUGUACAGGAAGAUAUUUGAAAUGUAUUAAGUUGAAAGAUAUAUAUAUAUAUAUAUACAGUGAGGGGGA